CGCGCCUCCGAGCUCCUGACGGGCGGCCGCAGCCGCCGAAGCCGGGCUGCACCAAGCGGCUUGAGCGCGCGUCCCGGGCCGGCUGCGCGCGUCGGCGACUUUACUGCCUUCCCGCCCUUCUUGCCCUUCCCGCCGGCCGCCUCCAGACCCCGGCCCGCCGCUUCCCGGCUUUCGCGGCUCGGCUGGCGCGUCCGCCGCGCACGGGCGCUCGCUCCCAGGACCCGGAGGCUGGACCGACGUGUUCAUUCAGAAUGUGCCUCGAACUGUUCCAGGCGCUGGGCAAACGGCAGUUGAAAAAAAAAAAGCAGACAGAUCCUCCGAAAUCCCUGCCCUCGGAGGCGUACGUGCUUCUUAGGAUAUUUCUUCCCAGCUCUCAGACAUCUUGGACAACGUCAACUGUGUCAUCAACCGCUUCCAGGAAGAAUUGGGAUAUGAUUUAAAAGAAAAGGCAAAAUCUGACCUGACAGAGCAAAAGGGCAAGAACAGAUUCAUCUUGCUGGAGAAAAUUGCUUCCUUCUCCAAAGAUGCUAAGACCAAAGAGAAGCACUUGUACGAAAUUCUCCGCUGGCUGGGUGACUGGGGUGAGAGUCUGACCUAUGAGCUCAGGAACAGGAAGGGUAAGGAGGAAGAGAAAGCUCUGGAUGAAUGGAUCGAGGUGAUGGAGAAGGUGUUACCUCUCUCCCUCAUUGCCACCAAAGGAGGCAUCGAGUCUCUCAUUUCCCUUUGCUCUACUCUCAUUGAAAGACAAAAGAAAAGGACACAAAUACCCAAACACACCUUCUGGCAGGGCUGGUGGGAACAAAGCCCCCCCAGAUCUGCAUCCUACCCUCAGCCACUGAGCCCAGAGCAGAUGCUCCAGGACAAGCAUACUACGUGCACAAAGGUCUCCGAGGUGACGUCCAUGCUGCAGGAGCUCCUGGACUCCACCAUGUUCAACCAGGGGGAGGUCAGAGCCAUCAGGUACAUGUCUGCUGUGGUGGAGAACCUCAACAAGGCCUUGACCCUCCAGCACAAGGAGAAGAGUAACCUGGAGACGAAAUACAGGAAUCUGGAAAUAGAGAUGACCAAAGAACUCAGCAGCCAGAGGCUCUACUUCCAGAAUUCCCUCAAAGUUCUCCAGAACAAGAGGGAUGCCCUACUAAAGCAGGUGGAAAUUCUAGGGGGAAAAUACCAUGACCUUCUCCUGAUAAAGCAUGCCUUAGAGUUCCAGCUGAAGAAGGCUCAGUCUGCUAGAGAUCAAGCAGAAGAGCCAGCCAAGAUCUUGGUCGACUCCCUGGGGCCCCCUGAGAAAGAGACCCUCCCAAAGAAAGAAACAGUCAUGGAGGAAACCCAACAGGAACCCAAGAAGGAGUGGUUGUUUUUGUCACUGCCCCCAGGUUCCAUGGCCAAAGCCUGGGACAGUGGUACUAGGCCUUCAACGUCCCAGCCACUUUCCACCAUGACCACACACUCAAGGAUUGCAGAUGUGUACAGCAGCAAGGACACUGAACGUCUCCAGCCCGUGUUGCUGUCCCUGGUGGAUCACAAGUUUCCUAAGAAAUGGGAAGGCCCUGUGGCAGAGAGCCCAGGCCACCAAGUCAAAAACCAGAAGGACUUCCAGAAAGCAGCCCAGGAGAAGGAAGAACUCCAAAUUAAGUCCCAUAUUGGGAUGCAGCUGUCCCCAGAGAGCUCCAAGAAGGCAGCCUUGGAGAGUAAGGUGGCGCACUGGGAAGAGGAACUCAGCUGGGAGAUGCAGAGGCAGCUGUGGCUGGAGGAGGAGGCCAUGUGGCUGCAGCGGCAGAAGAAAUGGGCCCUGCUUGAGCAGGAGCACCAGAAGAAGCUGCAGCAGUGGAAGAUGGAGGAGGCGGCAAGGGAGCAGCAGCGGAGGUUGGGCCAGCAGGCGAAGGAGCAGGGGGGCCCACGGAGAGAGCCGGAGCGGUCGGAGGAGGACGUGGACGGGAUGAUCUUCACGACCACCGGGCGGUGGAAGGACAUGGCGGAGGCAUCACUGGUGCCUCCCCCAAGCGGCGCCCAGUCUGCUCACCAAGUCAGGAGGCCACACUGGCCCAGGUCCCCUAAUACCCAGCAGCUUGCCCGCAGAAAGCAGAGGAACCUGAGUUCCGCCAAGUCUACCCAGAAACCAUGGGCCUCCCAGGGUCUCACGAAGCCCAAGAAAUCAGCCUCCUUCCCUGUCACAGGGACAUCCAUCCAAAAGGUGUCCCGGCCUCCUUUGCAAAUCUCCCUGGUAGCUCUUAAGGGGAAAGUAUACCACAUGGACGCAGAGGCCCUGAGGAAGAACCUACAGCUCCUGAGUGAGGAGGCUGAGCUGGGGCUGCCCCAUUCCCUGCGCAGCAAGGUGCUGGAGCUCACCACCACCACCAUGGAGUUAAGCGUGCUCCGGCUGCAGUGCCUGUGCCAUAGGUACAUCCUGUACAGGCGCUUCCAGAGCCUCCGAGAGGAAGUGAUCAACCACAUACAAGUCAUGCAAGAAACUGGGACUACCUACAAGGCCCAGAACCUCCACAUCUUCCUGGAAAACAUCGACCACCUGCAGAACCUCUGGCUGCAGCCCUGGGCAGACAAGCAGAAGGACCUGGAGGAGAAGCACCAAGAGUGUCUGAGCAGCAUGGCGACCCUGUUCCCCAAGCUCCAGCUGGAGUGGAACAUUCAUCUGCACACUCCGGUGACCACCAACCCGAAGUCGAGGAAAAAUAAGGCGCCCCGCUCCUUUCUCCGGCGCAUCCACUCCUGUGGCCCCUCCUGCAAGCUGUCCCCAGAGCACCUCACAUCCAAGCACUGGGAAUGUGUGCCCCUGCACCUGGCCCGCCAACAGGAGAACCAGAUGGAGGCCAUCUGGAGAACUGACGUGGCCUCCUCCAGUCACCCAAUAGAAAAGAGGACUCCCCCCAGCCUGCCCUGGGACCAGCUAGGAGGGUGCCCAGACAUUCCCCGGCUGUUGGCCUUGGAUGUGCAUUCUUCCUACCGCAGAAGCUUAAGGUCCCUCAAGGCCGGAGCCGUUCCACCCACACCCAGGCCUCCACUGGGAUCUCAGCUUCAGGCUUACGCACUUAUCAAAAUAUUGUUCCUGGCAAAGACAGCUUCCCCUUUCCAGGGGAAUUUAGGUGAAUACAAUUUUCUUCCCCCCUUUCUUAACUCCAUACAAGUUUAUUCAGUGUAUCAUACUAUCAGGUGUAGAGACAAAGCCCUGCUUCUUCUGUCUUGCUCCACAUCCCAGGUGGGCUCCCCCUCCCUGUGUGUCAGGCUGGUCCUAGAUGUUUCAGUGCAGGGGCUCCCCGUGUUGUCUUGGGACCCCAUUAUUGUGGUGUGAGAAUCUGCCGCUCUCCAAUGAAAGUUCUUUGCCGCUCGCCCAGGCUACUGCUGCCUGGGGGGCGGCGGGGAGGUGGCCAUGCUGCUUUCUUUGUGAGGGCUCCAUGCAUGGAGACACACUUUGCUUCCACUCCUGCCUUCUUUCUGGCUGCCUGCCCCUGGCUCACCAAGGAUCCUCACAGCCAGCUGCUAUGCGGUCCCAGGUCCCUCACUUCUUUGUGAUCAUGUCACCCUCACCAGCUCCCCGAGGCCCAGGUCACAGCACCAUCUAGUUUCUUAAGUAGGACAGGCUGCACACCACCUGCCCCAUUCUCCUGCCUGCCAUGGACAGCCUGUCGCAUCCACAGGCCCCUGGGGUGUCCCCUCGGAAUGUGGGGAAGGGCUAUUCAUCUUCCCUCCAUGGGUUGGGAUGCUAGAAAGGCCCUGUCCCUCAAAAACCAGCAGACCCCCUCCUCCAAGAGCUGUCUCUGCUUUGUCUUAUACACAUCUCCCCCCGGGCUCCCUGUCUGACAGGUGAGGUAGCUGUGAACCUACACACACCAAACACUGUCUGCAGUUGCAGAAGAAUCUUAAGCCCGACUCUAAGUGCUCUGCCCUCUGUGGCCCGUGGCCUAUUCCUGCACCGCUAACAUACAGUGGUUCACGUGCACGGCCAAGACGCAGUGAGCACAGACCCACACAGACCUCCAACCUGCUGCAGACCGAGGAGAGGGCUGGUAGCUUGGUUCCUGGGGAAGGAGAUUAGAGGGGAGUGGAGAGGAAGGAAUGUGGAUGGAAAGGAAGGACCAGGGAAGGAUGAGGGGAGGGAAGAUGAAGUACUCUGUGAUGUGAGCCAAGAGGCAGAUGCCAAGAAGAGAAGCAGAGCCCCUCGGAUGUGGCAAAAGUGUUAUGGUAGUAAGCAGCUCCACGUCCGGAUCCAGUCUGGGCACCGCCCUGCACUGUCUCCCAGAGGCUAUGAGGGAAGCUCUUGGGUGGGCUGGGUGGGCCUUCACAUCCUGGGGCCUUGUCUCAGCGCUCUCCAACCCAUAAUUGAAUUAACUCUUUCAGUGUCUUGGUGGCUGACAGAAAGGAACGCCAGGAAGCCCCAGAUGAGUCAGCUGAGCUUGUUUGUAAAAAGUCAAAUGAGUCCUUUCCUGGAACCCUAAAAAGCCAGAAGGAUUGAGACAAUCUCAGUCCCCAUUCCAUCCCUUCGUCAGUGAUUCUCAAACUUCAGGGUGACUAAACAUCACAUGGAAGCUUGUUUCAAAUGCAGGUUCCCAGCUGGUGUUUUUACACAAACAUCCUGGGUAUUGCUAAGUAGUCCUAGAACUUUGAGAAACACUACUUUCCUCCCUCAGUCCCCAAACUACACUUUUAAUAAAACAGAGGUGUGUAUUUUUAAAGAUUUCUGUGUUGUUGCUGAAACCCACACCUCCCCAAUUCGUUUUUGGAACCAGCUCCAUGACUACCUGGCCCCUGACCUGGACGCCAGUGGUGUCUCCACCCUUUGGGAGCCACCAAGCUGAGACGGCCACGAUUAGUGCCUGGCAGACAGUAGGCACCAGUAACUUUUCUUUGAAUCAGAGACAUGGACAAAUGAGUAACUGAUGUGCUGAUGAUUAGCCAGAAUGCUCAGAAGAUAAGAACAAAAGGAGAUACCGAGUACCAGGCAAGGCCAAGUGCCACUGGAUGGGAGGCAGAGGCGUGUAGGGCUGUGAGGAGUGAGGACACAGGUGGAAGAAAUGGAGACACAGAGGUUCCAAAUCUAGAUGGUGUGGGCCAAGGAGGCCAUCUCUGGCAAUUGUCUUCGAUCCAGUGACAACGCUACUUCCAUGAGUUCAUUCAGCUAACGAGCACCACCGCCCACCCCACUCUCCCUGGCACCCAGCCAUCUGCCCAUCUUGCACUCAGCCUUGUCCCUCCCCCUUUCCUCCACUGGCCCAGCCACACCUGGCCUAGGGACGUUGGUCAGGAAAUGACCCUGUCCUCAGAAAACCCGAAAUCCAGUGAUUCUGUUUAUCAGGAAUGGUCCCCAUCCUGGCUUCUACUCAAGGUCGAGACUCUGGAAGGAAGAGGAGGAUAUGGGACGUGAACAGCUGGCCUUUGGAUGAUGUCAG